AAGCAAUGAAAGCCUCGGCCUGAAUGAAUGGUUGCUGGCUCGUAAGCAGUCUCUCAGAAAUGAGAGCAUCCUCAGGACAAUGGCGAGUAAAAUAGACUUUAGCAACGAUGGCUAUGACUCGGAUCUGGAGGAGCCUGAGCCGAAGAAGACUUGGCGUUCGGACCCAUUGGCAAAGAAAGAAUCCAAGAAAGCUAGCCUUCCCAAUAAGAAAGUGUUCCGCGACGAGGUAGACGCUGCUGCCAGGAGAAUAGGCCGGUACAAUGGCUUCAUGGCAAUGGAUGCCUAUUCCAGGCACAAGCAAUUUGUCAACUACUACUGCCUACAUUAUGAGGGAAAGGAGCAUUUCACACGAGACGCAUCCAGAGACAGAAAUGAUUACGACGUGUUGGCUGAGAAUCAUCAAUUCUUGUGGAACGACGAAGAUGACGACGCUGCCCAGAACAACUGGGAGAAGCGACUUGCAAAGAAGUACUACGAUAAACUGUUCAAGGAGUACUGCAUAGCUGAUUUGUCUCGCUACAAGGAAAACAAAGUGGCCAUGAGGUGGCGCGUGGAACGGGAGGUGCUGGAUGGCAAGGGGCAGUUUGCAUGCGGAGACAGACGUUGUCCAAACACUGACAUGCUCACCAGUUGGGAAGUGAACUUUGGCUACAUGGAGCAUGGUAUGAAGAAGAAUGCCCUAGUCAAACUCAGGCUAUGCAAAGCAUGUGCUGCAAAACUGAACUACCACCAUGAACAUAAACGAGCCAUGAAGGAGAAAGAGUUCGAAAAGUCUUUGAAGCGAAAGCAGGAAAAAGAACGACAAGAGAAGAAGAAGAGGAGACGAGAGGGUUCUGGCGAGGAUUCUGACCAGUAUUCGUCGCAUUCCGAUCAAGACACAUCAGCUUCCGGCGACGGCGCGAAUGAUGCAGCGGAUAGAACGGAUGCAUUGUUUGCGUCUCUAUCUGCAUCCGGUGCCAAUGCUGGUACUGUGAGUUCUGCUGCUGAUCAGUCCAGUGAUGUAGCACGUGCUGCACAGGCUAGUAAUGACCCGAGUCAAGUCUGGAAAAAGCCGGUUCACGUUGAAAUGGAGAAAACACAGGAGGAAGAGUUUGACGACUACUUUCAGGACAUGUUCCUCUGACCGCCGUGCCCUUGCAUAACAACCUAUGCAGUUUCUGCAUGUUCAACGUACGAUAACAGUUGUCACUGUGGGUGUAUUGUGAAUAGAGUCAGCCCAGACCUUAGUGUGACAGGUCAGGUAAAACCCAUAAUUGGUUGCUAGUCUGUUCAUUAAUUCAAGCUGUGAUAUUCAAAAUUUCUCACAACUUUCACGAAAUAGAGAUAGUUCAUGAAAUUCCCAUAAUGACUUGAGUACACUGUACAGUGAGUGCUAUUCCGGGCUAUUGCUUUCUACUGCUGCUGGCGGCAUCCAUGAAACAAACAUUAGACUCAUAUGGCUUUUGAUGCCUCUGUAUUUUAGCUUUCCUCUCUCUCUGUCCCUCCUGUUUCCUUGCGUUAUUUUCACCGAUUUUCGUAACGUAAUUUAUCUGUUCUUUUCCUGUUCAA